CAUCACGUACACGUACGUACACGUAUACACGCGCGUAAGAAUUAUUCGUAAGAAUCACUUGUUUCGAAAUCGUAAUGGUUUUCUCGUGAUAAAUAAUCGAUAGUAAACGCGUAUUUAACGUGAAAUGACACUAAUCACGUGAUCGGUGAUUCGCGAUACGUAGUGGGAAAGGAUCGUUUAAUCUUUAGUUUCGAACGUUUUUUGUUCGCGAUUGACACGUUCGUUGAAUUUCAUGUGCAAGUGUUCGUUAUCUCGCUUAGAUUCUGUGUACAUGAGGUCGAAUUAAGUUUCGUGUCUUCAUAAAAAUAAAAUAUAUACGAUUGAAGGACGUAUCCUCUCGAGUGUCACAAGAAAGAGCACAGUGUUAAAAAUAAAUCUUAUAUUGAAACUUGGAAGGUUAAGUGAUACGUUUGUUGAUAUCUAUAACACUGUUGGAAAAUGUUAUUAUGUGGAAAUAAUUAUUAGAACGCAUAUUCACUAGCAAUAUUUGAUCGAGGAGAAAGAUUUGAAUUUUUGUUUCGCGUUAUAUCCACCGUAGCGUUGUGUGCGAUCGAGAAUCGAAGGUGCGCUGCAAUCGAUCUAUCGAUAGGAUCGAAAGUUGAAAUGUUCGUGAAAGAACGUCGAAUAUGCGAAACACGAGUGUACAGUUAAUCGACGCAUGUACGCGUAACCGUCAUGGGUCGUUAUCGAAAGAGUUUCAAUUAAAUUUCUCGUGAGAAAGGUCAAGUGCGCUGUUCAGUUUUCAGUUUUAAUUAAAAUACCCCUGAGAUUCUUCAUUGUCGUGCUUGUGUCUAAAAUUAAUUAACGACGGGUAAAGACAACGGCAGGAGAAGGUGUACGAGCAAGAUUGUGACACGGCCAAAGUGCGAAGAAGGUAAUAAUAUAACCUAUAAAAAAUCAAUGGGCAUCGUGCGACAAUAGAAUUGACGGGAGUGUUUUCCGUUCGAACGAUUCGAUAUAUCGAUCGUGGAAAGGAUAGAAGAAAAAACAGUAUCGAUGUGUUUUCUGUGGUUGAAUUCGCGUGUGCGGCGGCUUAACAAGAGAGUUCGAUCAGAUUUUCGUUAAACGUUUUUUCGCGAGUGAGAAAUUGUGUUGCGUGCGGAAAGAGGACAUAAUCGUAGAAGGAUAAGUGAGAAAAAAAAUGGGAAAAAAGUGAGCAGCCUUUUCAACCUGUGACGUACCUACGACGGAGAGAUGAAAACGGCAUAGCAACGGCAAUAGCUCGUCCCAACGUCCAACGGGCACGUAUUAUGUGAGGUGAAACUUGCAACGAGGGAAACGAAGAUGUCCGCCAUCAGCGUGGCUGCAUGGCUGCUCAGCGCCGUCGCUUUCGCCGCGAUUAAUAACGGGGCGCAGUGCUACAGCAUGCUGCACGGAAGCGGCGGAAAGAAUAACAACGUUCAUCAGAACAGUCUGGAUGACAGCAGUACGCAAUACGGUCCGUACUUCGACAUGUCGAAUUCGAAGAACGUGACCACCAUCCUGGGCAAAACUACGUACUUGAAUUGCCGCGUGAAGAACUUAGGGAACAAGACGAUGACGUUGCAGGUUUCCUGGGUCCGGCACAGGGACGUCCAUCUGCUCACCAUCGGCCGUUACACGUACACGAACGACCAACGAUUCAGGCCGAUCCACAAUGCGCAGACGGACGACUGGACAUUAGAAAUCAAAUAUCCGCAGCUUCGGGACAGCGGUUAUUACGAGUGUCAAGUAUCCACGACGCCGCACAUGAGUCAUAUCGUAUAUCUGGAUGUGAUCGAACCAAAAACUGAAAUUUUGGGUGCACCAGAUUUAUACAUCAAUCGAGGCAGCACGAUCAAUUUGACUUGUGUAGUUCUUCUAAGUCCAGAACCACCAGCCUUUAUAUUUUGGAAUCAUAACGAUGCCAUAAUCACCUACGACCCGACCAGAGGCGGUGUAUCCGUGGUCACGGAGAAAGGAGACAUCACCAGGAGUUUCCUGCUCGUGCAGGAGGCGAAACCAUCGGAUUCUGGCCGAUACACUUGUAAUCCAAGCAACGCUCAACCAAAAUCAAUCACCGUUCACGUAUUGAAUGGAGAGUAUCCCGCGGCAAUGCAGCAUGGCGGUCAAGCUAAGCAACCAAGGCUCUACUCUCUCCUCCUCUGCCUGUGUCUGCUACUUUACUAACCGUUUCGUGAAAACGCUGCUCUUCCUUCCCCCUCGUGUGGAGAAACGGUGAACGAGAGACUUUCAUCGUUCGAAAUCCGGCCGUUCGGGGAUACGCCUUUGACGUAGAGUGUAUACGUGCAACCGGGUAUGGUGGUGCAGUGACUCAUAGCGAACACAUCAGACCACAAUGCCGGUAUAAAUCGAUAAUAAUAGCGUGGACGAAUAAAAAAAAAAAUAGUGUAUGUGUCGUUCGAGUGGUCGAUACGCGGCCACGACGAUCGAAGUUUCGAAUGCUCGAAACGAACUAAUGAAAAUCACAUCGUGUAACAUCUCUGUGAAAAUGCUACACGAUUAUUUAGAAACGCAAUGUCGCAAACGCGUGAAAGGGACUGCAAUGAGAAAGAGACGAUGCGACAACACGUUUCGAUAUAUGUAAAACAAAAUGACUGAUAGUAAUCGCGAAUGAAUACGCGACACAUUCGAUGCGAGAAUAACAGCGAAUAGAAAAACGAUUGAGCUCGAUGCGGUUGCGGGAAAUCGAGACGAAGAGAAGAACGAGAAAUGAAAUGGAAGAAAGAAGACGGAGAACGGAACAAGCAUCGGGACAAAGGCCAAGAUCAGAGUACAAAGGAUCGCCUUUCCUCCGCAAUUAUUCACCCACGCUGACAGGAUGUGUACGAAAGAAGAAAGACAGAGAGCAAAAACGAGCGAGAAAGAGAAAACUAAUGAGGAAAGGAUCGAUAGGGUAAAAAUUGUAAUUUUUAUCGUGUAUUAUCGUCGAUGUGUAAUAUUCUCGUUGGCCAAUUGGCGAUUGUUAAAGAUUUAAUAAUGGAAAAGAACGAGCGUUUCGAUACGCAGCGCUCGCGAAAUCAGGCCUCCAUGCCGAAUUCGCGGACCACACUCUUACUUUCGGAACUCUAAUCCUCGUCACAUCGAUGUACACGAUGCACUGCUUUUCGAUGAAGACGAUAUAAGUUCCAUGACAUAUCUCUCGAAUAAUAAAAAAAAUUAGAAAAAAAAAAAGAUGAAAGGAUCUCUCUCGAGAUAAGAAUUCUAGUCAUGUAAGAAUCGAUUUCUCACACACAACAUUUUUUCUAACGGAUAAAUCUAUUCCGCUUUUUCAUUCGUUUUGCCAACAUGAUCGUUUUUCCUUCAUCUAUUUACAUCCUCUUUCUCGCUCGGUUGCUUUCAACGCCAUCUAGUCACACGAAAGAGGUACUAAAUUACGAAACAGGAGCAUGAUUCACGUGUACAUACAGAACGGAAAUCAGUAUACGAUUGACCCCUCGAACAUUACGAGAUCGAAGAUCG